UAAUGUAAAGGAGAACAAAACUACAUUAUUUUCUGACUCGCUUUCCCCACACACUUCAACAGUGACCACACUACCCACCUCGUAACAGCAUCCUUUUGAAGGAAGAAAACGUUCGGGCCUCCCCUUUUUAAGAGCCGCUGGCAGCCUGACGGAGCCACAGUCCCUCUCUGACACCCCAGCGAGAUCAUGGGCUUCCUGCAGAGCCUCGCCGCCGCUCUCUCGCUGCUCUCAUCACUCUCCAGCGCAGGGCUCUUCAGAGACGGGAUCAUCGGGGGCCACGAGGCCCAGCCUCACAGCAGACCCUACAUGGCCUACCUGGUGGUCCAGAGAGACAAGGUGGCCGGCUGCGGGGGCUUCCUGAUCAGAGAGGACUUCGUCGUGACCGCGGCCCACUGCGCUGGGAGAAAACUCUACGUGCUGCUGGGCGCCCAUGCACUGAAGAAACAGGAGUCCUCCAGACAGGUGCUCGAUGUCCAGAAGCAGUUCCCUCAUGAAGAUUACUCGGAGGAGAACCUGGAAAACGACAUCAUGUUACUGAAGCUGCAGACCAACGCCACCCUGAACCAGUUCGUGGAGCCCCUGGCCCUGGCGCAGGAGGGGGAGGAGGACCCGAGGGAGCGCGCGCAGUGCCUGGUGAGCGGCUGGGGUAGCGCGGACGCCGACGGGGAGAACCACCUCAGCGAGCUGCAGGAAGUCAACGUCACGGUCGUCGGCAGGAAGCGGUGCGACAGGGACUGGAGGGGGGGCAUCACCGACAACAUGAUCUGCACCCAGGCGAGGAGGGGGCCCUGCGUGGGAGAUUCGGGGAGCCCCCUCGUGUGUGGCGGCAAGGCUUAUGGGAUCGUGUCCUUCAGUACGAACCCCUGCAAUCUGAGAGGGUUCCCCCACGUCUACACCCGCAUCUCCACGUACCAGCCCUGGAUCAGCAAAAUCAUCAGCGCUAACUGAGGGGCCACUCAGCAGUGCCUCCAGGAACGCCACUGGGUCCGCUGGCCGCCACGUGCCCCCUCCUGCACAGACAGGGGUCCUCGGCGUCCCGGGCGCCCCGCUAGCUGCCUGACUGAAAUCCCCCAGCCUCUUGACGACGCUGCUAUGCGCUGGCUACACCGCGACUGGCUUUGCUGCAGCCGUCCUGGGGUCCCGGAGGAGACCAGGAUGACCGAGAACCCUGAUUCGUCGUGGACAAACCCUCAAUGAAACAGGAAAAAAAAAUCCCAGCCCAGAGAUAGCUGCGCUAUGCCAACUGCAAAAACGAGAAAAUAACCCACACUGAGCCUGGUAAAAUUGUCUUUUUCGCACGCUUCAAAAGAUGUGAAAGGACUAAUCCAAGGCUGAACAGAUUGAUUUGUACGGUUUUGUAGGAAGCAUGCGUGCUGUUGUCAGUAGAAACACCCCUGUUGUAACACUCUGCCACGCUUCCAAGAGGACAACAUCUCCUCUGUAAAACCCUGGGCCACUGGAAAGUCAUUUUCCAUGCCAAAUCUCUCCUCUCCUCCUUGCCUCUCCUCAGCUCCUGUGUGUCUGACUGCAAAUAACAAAAUAAAA